AUGCAGCACGCCCGGGCUACCCGCGUUCGCCGGGGUGCGGGACGCGAAGCCCCCGCGCUCCGGAGGCUGCCCGCCUGCGCUCGGCAGGCCUGCGCCGCCGCCUCGUCCGGGCCGCGGCCGCUCGCGGACGCGCAGCCACCUCCUCAUGCCGCGCCGGGCCCCGGCGCCCCGCGGCGGCCGCGGGAGCCGAGCGCAGGCGAGGGCGGCGUCCCGGCUAGCGGCGAGCGCGCUCCGACCCCGGCUCCUGCCACCGCCAGCUGCCCGCCCGGCCGCAAGGGCGGCAACCGCAGCAACAUUACCGCCGCCCGCCCGGGGUCAGGCGCCCCCGCCGGCGCCGCCCCCCCACUCCGCCCCCGGACACCAGGCGUAGAGCGACCGGGAGACUCGCGCUGCGGGCAGAGCCGGGGGCCCGAAGAGGAGGAGGCCGGGCGCCGUCGGAGCCGCGUCUGGAUCGCAGGAGGGGGCGGGCCCGUAAGGGCGGGGAAGAGGCGGAAAACCGGGACCGGCGGGCGCACCCGGAGACCCCCGCGGGGCUCCGCGCUCGGGCUCGAAACUGCAGGCGGCGCUGCCCCGGCACCGGAGGAAACCUGGAGGCCCCCACCCACCCUCUCUCCUCCCUUCGCCCGAAACACCGCGCCUCCUGAUUGGCUGGCGCCGCACCGCGCGGAGCAACCUGCCCCCACCUCGCGCCGCGACCUGGGCCGCCGCUGCCUCCUGCGUCACCGCCGCCCCCGCGAGCCCGGGGACCCCGCGCUGCUCCGGGCUGAGGGACUGGUCUUGAGCUUCGGAUCACACUCUGCCAACAGUAAAGAGUGAUGCCGGUCUCUUCCUGUUUAAAUACCAAAUUUCCUACUGAGUCAUCCAUUAAGUUUCCAGUAAUCUGAAGGAUGCCUCAGGGUCUCAGCUCAUUUGUAAAGCAAUAAUCGAUGAAAUACUUAGAACUGAAGAAAUGCUAACCAAACCUUUUCAAGCCCAGAUUAUCAACUGAUACUUCCUCAGGAGCCAGGUAAAGCCCACAGCAGAGGAAUGACCUUGCAGAAAGUUUAAUUUUAUAAUAUCAAGGUUUAAUUUUAUAACAUCAGUAAGACUUUAAACUUACAAUAAGACAAAACUUAACAAUAGUAAGACAUAAGUAAAUUUCAUUUAACUGCUUUGUUUUACAUUUAUUACUACCAAGUAUUCCUUCUAUUAUUUUCUGUUUAUGAGAGCCCCCUGCUCUUAAAUAUCUGCGUGUCAAACUGAAUAAGUUAAAACCAAUGGUUUUCUAUUUAUAUUAAUCAGAAAUAUAUGACUGAGAUUGUGAUUACAACAGAAUAGAAAAAUGUACUUGUUUGAUGAGGUGGGUGACAUUUUACUUGGUCUGUGCUGAGUGAGGAUGAACAAUAUCCAUUAAGGGUUUGGGAUUUGCUCACAACCUUGGUAGCAUAAAAAUCUGUAAGUUUUUUUGUUUUUUGUGUUUUUCCUCUAAACUGGGUGGGGGUGGGGGUGGAGGAAUGCAUGAAAGCACAUAGAAUCUUACUUUUAUGGUUGGUUAAGGUUCAGACCUCUAUAUUACAAUCACUGAUUAAAUAUGGUAAUUUUAUAUAUUUAAACACAUGGUCUCAGCAUCUGAUAUUCGGUUAAAGAAAAUUGUUGGGUUGAUGAAUUAUGCUUAGACACUUGAAUUUUUUACUUACAUUAUUGGGGUGUAGAUUGUAUAAGAGUUAGACUUUGGUGUGAUUUAUGAAAUGGAAUAUAUAUUCGCAGAUAUUGUUGUGGCACAGACGCUUCUCUUAAAUAAAGCCCGUUUUCCCCACUGAUUUUCAUUAUAAA